AUGGGUCUCAAACGUCAUUCUUCUUAUGAAUUGAUUAUGCGGAAUCAAGGUCCUCCCCGGAAAAGACUGAAAGUCGAAGUACUGGAAGUAGUGGGCGCCGCGGACGAUGUUAUGGUUGAGGAUGAUGUGGUGACUGGUGGAGGGCUGCUGGAUGUGGAAGAGCUGAUCGGCGCCGAACUAGAUGAAGAAGUCGUGGGUUGGGGGAUAGACGAAGAUGAAGUUGCCGCCGCGGAGCUCGAUGGUGAUGAGCUAGGAGUGGGAGAGCUUGACGGCGGGGAGCUUGAUGGAGGCGAGCUUGAUGGAGACGAGCUUGAUGGAGGCGAGCUUGAUGGAGGCGAGCUUGAUGGAGGCGAGCUUGAUGGAGGCGAGCUUGACGGAGAAGAACUUGCUGGAGAAGAGCUUGAGGGCGGAGCGCUUGAAGGAGGCAAGCUUGACGAUGAGGAGAAGAUAGGCUGGGCACUAGAUGACGCCGGAUUGCUUCCCGUAGAAGAAGUGCUGGAGGAAGCAAAGGGGGGACCAGAAAUCGGCGUUGUGAUAACAGGAGACGCUGGCACGCUGGAAAAUGUACCGGUGGAGGUUAAGCUAGAAGCCGAGGAGACUAUGGGGCCACCGCUGGACGAUCCGGAGGAGACGCUGCCUGACCCUGAUGCUGAACUGCUAAGAACGUUCGAGCUCGCAGAGCUGGUCAUUGAAGAAGUGCUUCCUGGGGAGCUGCUGGCGACGGAUGCGCUCGAAGUUGACACAGGACGACUGGAAGUGGUUGCAAUUGUGCUGCUCGGGGGAUUACUUGGUGCUAUACCACCAUUGAUGACCAGGAUGAAUUCUCCAACGAAUAGGUCGGAAGGGGCUGCACUGGACACUGGGCUCGACGAAGGACCGAAGGUGACUGGAGUGCUAGGCCCAACGCUGGUUUGUGAGGGGCCGCCAGACGAGACUGAGCUAGACACAGAAAGCGAAGUAGAGCUCGGAGCGCCAGAGGGUGAUGAACUUGGCUGCGCACUGCUUCCCGAGACGACUCCAGACGUGACCGAGACGACUCCAGACGUGACCGAGACGACUCCAGACGUGACUGAGACGACUCCAGACGUGACUGAGCUAGGCGCAAAACUAGAUCCCGACGGGGUAUCAGAGAUGGAGGCGCUGAGUCCCGAGCUUGUUCCGAAGGUGGUGGCAGAUGACGUUGAAAGUGAUCCGGUGUUUGCUAGGGGAAGCGUUGGGAGGCUGGAUGAAGAUAGGGUAACCGUCGCAGGGGUAAUUGCGACUUGA